GGCUGAGGUUCUCAACGGCGGUUUAAUAGGUGUCAGGAAGGAUUUCAGUGCUCCGCCGGAGGCAGGUCGAGACGAUGCAGCCUCCGAGAGGGUUUCUUGGAGUCUCUGUGGAGCCCUGGGACCAGAUCCCACAGUGAAGGGUGCAGGAUUUUCCUUCCCACCCCAGCAGCUCUGGUUGAGUUCAUGGACCUCACCUGGCCUUAGGCUUCUCAGAAGAGCAGAGUUGUCAUCAAGAGACUCCAAGAGCUCAGGCCCAACAGGAGCAUGCCAGCCAAUCAGAGCUCUCCCCAGUGGUCCCUGGCCCUGACUGCAGGAGGAAGACGUGACAACUCCUGUGAGGUCUCACUGUCAUUCGAGGAUGUGACUGUGGACUUCAGCAGGGAGGAGUGGCAGCAACUGGACUCUACUCAGAGACGCCUGUACCAGGAGGUGAUGCUGGAGAACUACAGCCACCUGCUCUCCGUGGGGUAUGAAGUUCCCAAACCAGAGGUCAUCUUCAGGUUGGAGCAAGGAGAGGAGCCAUGGAUGUUGGAAGGAGAAACCCCACAUCAAAGCUGUUUGGAUGGGAAGUUUGGGAUUAAGAUCUCACAAAAAAGAAUUUCUGGGAAACCUUCAUUUCAUAGUGAAAUGGAGGUUGAAGAUACAAGGGAUGAUUCAUUGUAUUCCAUUUUAGAAGAACUGUGGCAAGAUGCUGAACAGAUAAAAAGAUAUCAGGAAAAACAGAACAAACCUCUAAAUCAUACUGCAUUCAUCAAUAAGAAAAUACUGAGUACGGAGUGGGAUUAUGACUAUAAAGACAAUAGAAAAUUUGUUCAGCCAAGCCCAAAUUAUAUUAUUCCUUCACAGAAAAGACCCCAUAAGUAUGACUCAUUUGGAAAGAGUUUUAAGCGUAAUUUAGACUUACAUAUUCAUAGUAAAAACAAUACAACAAAGAACUUUGAUAAAAUUGUUGGACACAGUCAAGUUUUCACCCCAAGUUCUUAUACUAACCAUGAAAAUACGCAUAUAGGAGUGAAAUUUUGUGAAAGUAAUCAGUGUGGAAAAGUCCUCAGCCUCAGUCACAAUAUGAAAUUUCCUGUUGGGGAGAAAGCAAAUAUGUGUACUGAAUUUGGGAAGAUCUUCACACAGAAGUCACACCUCUUUGCAUCUCAAAGAUUUCAUACUGUGGAAAAACCUCAUGAACUUAGCAAAUGUGUAAAUAUUUUUACACAGAAGCCACUCCUUAGUAUAUGUCUGAGAGUUCAUAGAGAUGAAAAACUAUAUAUAUGUACUGAAUGUGGGAAAGUGUUCAUCCAGAAUUCAGAUUUAAUUAUGCAUGAGAAAACUCAUACUAGAGAAAAACCCUAUAAAUGCAGUGAAUGUGGAAAAUCGUUUCUCCAGGUGUCAUCUCUACUUAGGCAUCAGACAACUCAUACUGGAGAAAAACUCUACGAAUGCAGUGAAUGUGGGAAAGGCUUUUCCCUGAACUCAGCACUCAGUGUACAUCAGAAAAUCCAUACUGGAGAGAGACACCACAAAUGCAGUGAGUGUGGGAAAGCCUUUACCCAAAAAUCAACACUUAGGAUGCAUCAGAGAAUCCACACAGGAGAGAGAUCCUAUAUAUGUACUGAAUGUGGGCAGGCUUUCAUCCAGAAGGCACACUUGAUAGCACAUCAAAGAAUUCAUACUGGAGAGAAGCCUUAUGAAUGCAGUGAAUGUGGGAAAUCGUUCCCUUCUAAGUCACAACUCCAGAUGCAUAAGCGAACUCACACAGGAGAAAAACCCUAUAUAUGCACCGAAUGUGGGAAGGCCUUCACCAACAGGUCAAACCUCAAUACUCACCAGAAAUCUCAUACUGGAGAGAAGUCUUAUAUAUGUGCAGAAUGUGGGAAAGCCUUCACUGACAGGUCUAAUUUCAAUAAGCACCAGACAAUUCAUACUGGAGAGAAACCCUACGUUUGUGCUGAUUGCGGGAGGGCCUUCAUCCAGAAGUCAGAGUUAAUUACACAUCAGAGAAUUCAUACUACAGAGAAGCCUUAUAAAUGUCCUGACUGUGAGAAAUCCUUCUCCAAGAAACCACAUCUCAAAGUACAUCAACGAAUUCACACAGGAGAGAAACCAUAUAUGUGUGCAGAAUGUGGGAAAGCCUUCACUGACAGGUCAAAUUUCAAUAAACACCAGACAAUUCAUACUGGAGAUAAACCCUAUAAAUGCAGUGACUGUGGAAAGGGCUUUACUCAGAAGUCAGUCCUAAGUAUGCAUCGCAGUAUUCAUACAUGAAAGUAACCCUGUUUCUUGAAAAUGAGAAAGCCUUAUAACAGAAGUCAGGUCUAAGUGUAGAUCAUAAAAUUCAUCCAAGCCAGAUCCUAUCUGAGUACAUUGCAUAAUAAAAAGCAUUUGUCAGUGUCUCUCAGCUGAGAUGAGGAAAAUUAUUUAGAAGAGACCCUCUAAGAAUGCAUUGAAUGAAGGAGAAUUUCCAUAUUUGCACAGCCUCACAAAAUAUAGUAGAAUUCAUACUAGGAAAAGUGCUGUCAGUUUGAUGCAUUAGGAAGAAAGCCUUCCUAUUAUAAAGCCUUCCUAUUAUAUUAGGGUAGGGUGUAAACCUACCCUAAGUUCUGUAGGGUUUUUAUAGUAGAACACAUUGCACAACAGGAGGAAUAAUUGAAGUUCGUUUAUUGAGUUUAAUAUAAUUGUAUCUAUCAAGUAUGUUUACUAUUGAAUAUUUCUUUCACAUGAACCCACAGUUUUAAAGUCAUUAUGGUUUUAUAUAUACACGCAUCUGCAGAUAUAAUUUUACAUGAACACAUAAAUAUAAUCCUGUCAUUCAAACUGAUUUCUGUGGCAACAUAUUUUUAUCUUCUUUCAUUGUAGUACAAUGCAGAAUAGCCACAGACCUCUUUUGUUCUUUUAUGUAUGCUCCUUUGUAAUGUUACUCUGUUGUUUCUCUUGUUAUGAGGGAGAGUCCUCUCUCUACUCCUUGACUCUGAACCUGGCCAUGUGACUUGCUUUGGCCACUGUAUAUUAACAAAGAUAUAAGAAGAGGCUGGAGAGGUGUGUAAAGCCUUCCUUGAGACUUAUCUUCUCUUGCUGCUCUUUGGAAUUCUGAGACCUUCAUGUGAAGAAGCUCAGAUUACUCUACUGGGGGAUGAGAAACCAGAUAAAGCAGAGAUGAGCCAGCCCAGAUGAGGCCCCUUAGGCCAACUGCCAGACCUGGGAGUGAGGCCUUCCUCCACCUCCAGCCCCAGCCAAGCCAGCCUAUACUAGAAGAGCCAUAACAGUUAUCCCAGCCAACCUGGAGAAUUGUGAGAUAAAUAAAAUAAGUAUUGUUUUAAAAUGCUAAGUUUUGGGGUACUUUGUUGCAUAGCAAAUCCUAAUAAUAUCUAUACGUGUAUAUGGCGGGGAGGGUAUUGUAACAAAACAUAAGACAUGACAUUGACUUUGGGCCCGGGCUGCAGGUGGAGACUGGAAAAACAAUGAGAAAAACUUAAGAAAGGCUGGAAAAGAUGACACCCCAUGUUAAUUUAGUAAGGAAAAAAAUAGCGAAACAAUCACUAUGCUCUGUAGGAAGAUGGAGAAUGUACCAAAUGAACUUGUGGAUUUAUCUAAGGAGAUUUCCAACAGAAUGUUGGAAGUAUCAGUUUGCUUCUAUUAGUUGCAUAUGAUAAGGUACAGAAAGAAAGAUAUGACCUAAGAGAAUAACUACUCCAUUUGCAAGCAGAUUUCAGAGGAAAUACAAAAAAGCCAGGACUUAAUGGGUUGGAAAAUAACUUUCACAUCUCCAUUCUCUUCAGGCAUCAAAAUAGUCUCAAGGUGAAAAAUGGCCUCAGGGUAGAGAUCAUGAGUAUGGCUGUAAGACCUUUUGUUAAAAUGUGUGAAAUAUUUAAGUUGGCAUUUGGGAGACCCUCUCAACUAAGCUAAAUGGCUUCUAAAAACUUCAUGAUAUUGUUCCCAGUGGCCUGACACACCGCUCAAAGUAGAGAGGGGCCUGUCUUAAGAAUUGUCAAUGUGGAAUUUGAGGCAUGGAGUAAUUACAAACCAGAUUAAAAGAAAACCUAUAAAGUUUUAAAUAGACUUUUACUAGUGAAACUACCUCCAGGUUGGACUUAAAGGGACAGAAACAGUCCAGAAUGAAAAGAGGCCUCUGGACUCCCCUCUCUAACUAUUGUGAACAGGAAGCAAGCUGAGAAAGUUACUCAGCUGCAAACGUGGGCCAUUUCUUAUGGGAAAAGAAGAACAUCUCAGAGAGAAGACCCAAGAACAUUAGAUUAAAAUGGACUGGGGAGCCAUUCCCAGGUAGGACUGUGACUUAAUCAAGAAACAUAAUCUGCCCCUGGAGCAGGGAGAGCUGACAACGUUUGUUCUGUGGGAUUUCAGAAUUGCUGUGGAAGGGUGACUGAUAUGUGCCUCUUCUUUCUCCUCCGUUUGAAUUGGAGUAUCUAUUGUUAUCCUGUCCCUAUAUCACCAUUGUGUGUGUGUGUGUGUGUGUGUUUUGGUAGGUGGGUGGGGUCGUAUAAUUUGUCAUUUAGCUCACAGGUCUCUGGAUGAAGAAACUGAGAAGCUGCAACCAAGGGGCCUCAACCACAUCUGAACCUGAUACAGAAGCCUUGAGGUCCUGGUUUUUGGGUUUUGUGACAAGGAGGUCAUUAUUGACUUUGGCAAGUGUUAUUUUAGAAAUGAAUUUAACUAAAGAAAACAACUGAGCAAACCUGAAGGGAUUUCUGAACUCAGGUAAUGUUACUUCAUCAUGAAACUUUUCCGAUCAAAAAAAUAUUAGGUCAUUGAGCUGUAUUGCUCUAUUGUUGUCUGGGUUAUACUGAGAAAUGCAUUUUCAAGAAUCCUGUUUGACUCCAGGUUAGGGUUGGCCAAAAGUAGGUAUUUCAUGAAAUUUGGGAGGUCAACGUGAAGGGGCAACCAUUACUUUAAAAGUUUGAGAUUAGAUUUAGUGAAGAAUGGGCACAGAGGUACCCAGAAGGUUUUAAUUCUCCCUCACUCUCUUCCACAGCCUUUCUUCACAUCUUCCAGCCCUGAUGAUCAACAUAGCCCAGGCCUAGCACCAGAUGCUUGGUUGCAGGCCCACAAAGGCAACAGCUUUUCAUAGACUUCUCCCAUCAGCUCCCCCUUCACAGUCUCACUUCAGCAGCUGGAUCUGCCUGGCUUCUCAGAUUUUCCUGCAAAGCUAUGACUUAUCCACCUAUGACAGUGUUUCAGAAGGUCUUGUUUAGUGAUUUCUCUAAUCUUCCAACUCCCACUUCCAUACCUUUACUUCCCCAGCUACUCACACAAUUGUGCAUGGUCUAAUUCAUAUUAAAAAUUCCUUAUUCCAUAGUAUGCAUAGUGAAUCCACUCCCCUGAUUGAACCCUGAUUGUUAAAGUUUCACUUUCUUCUGAGAACUUGGUAAACGUUGCUCUUCUAAAAUUGAGUGAUGCCAUUAGUGAAGUCUUAGACUAACCUGCUCUCUCUUUUUUUUCUCUCGUACCUUUCUGCCACAUGAUUUUUUUUUAAAAUGCUUGAAGUUACGGAGCUUUAGAAACAUAUGCCUUGGUCUUGAUUUUUGUGAAUUUAUUUUACUUGAGUAUAGUAAGCUCUCCCAAUCAUGAUUCAGGCCUUUUAUUUCAGGGAAGUUUUAUUUUGCUUAACAUUUUUUCUGUUCAAUUUCUUUUCAUCUUCAGGGACAUCAGUUAUGCAUAUGUAAUAUGUUUUUAUCAUCUCCAUCCAUUUCAUACCACUCGACAUUUAUUUCAUAUCAUUAUUCUUUUUGGCUGUAUGUGGUUGACUCUAGCCUCCUGUUCAGAGAAAAUCCUCCACAAAUCUCUCAUGUUUCUUAUUGUCUAGACAGUAACAGCCAAUGUGCUCAGAUUUAUUUACAUUCCAGAACAAUAAAUAUAGAAAAUAUCCCCCUCCCUGGAGACAUUCCCAGAGAAGAUUUCCUUACAUUCCGGACAAUAAAGAUAAUGUCUCUUUCUCCGAAGACGAGGAUGGGCAAUAUAACAAUAUUGCAUUUUCCCCACAUAUUAAUUAUGUAAAUUUUCAAUCAUGUAGAAAUAUUGGAAGAAUAGUACAGUGAACACAUAUAACUUUUGAAUCUAGAUUCAACAAUGUAAUUUUUUUCCUGAAAAAUUCAUGGUAAGUUAUACACAUUGUAACAUUAUACUCAUAAAUAGUAUUUAUCUCCUAAAAGUAAGGACAUUCUCCCACAUAACUGGAUUAUCAUUAUCAAACUAAUUCUAUGAUAUCUCAUAUCAGUUCAUUGUCUUCCUUUCUUUAUUGGUUAUAUUUCUCUUCACCUUUUUUACCCAUCCCCUUCCUCCUCCAGUCCAUUUUCAAUUUUUUUCCAUCUUCCCCAAAAUACAGUUUGCAGCUUUAUUGAGGUAUAAUUAGCAUAUAGUAAAUGGAACUUGUUUAAAAUGUACAAUUUGGUGAGUUUUGACAUAAGUGUGCACCUUUAAGACCAUCACUACAGAAAUAUAAUGACCAUUUAAAAAUGUUUCUAUUACCCCCAAAAUUUUCCCUAUGCCCCUUUGUCAUCCAGCCUUCAGUCCCCAUACCCCUCCCCCAUCUACAGGAAACCACUGAUUUGUUUUCUGUCAUUAUAGAUUACUUUGU